AUUUCUACGAAGAGGAGGAUUAUCUUCGUCUAUUUCUUCGAAGGUCAUGGCUGGUUUUUGGUUACACUAUGACCCUGUCUAAAUGGAGUCCCUCUCUCUCCCAAGAAAUGGAAAAUCCAGUCAUGCCUAUCUGGAUUGCUUUUCCAGAUCUCCCCAUCCAUCUUCAUGAUAAGAGAGCUCUCCAUCUUAUCUCCUCUUCCAUAGGCACCCCUCUGAAAGUUGAUUUCAACACUCUAAAUUUCUCUCGGCCAGGCUUGGCAAGAUGUUGUGUGGAGGUGGAUAUCUCUAACCUCCCUCCGGCGAAGGUCCUCAUUAAUCAUGGGGGAGAGGAGCUUAUUUUCCCUUUCUACUACGAAAAUGUUCCCCUUUUUUGUAAGACCUGCAAAGGAACAGGUCACACUAUUGAGACAUGCGCUCACCGGAAAAUCCCACCGGAGAAGGAUAAUCAUAAGAGGGAGGCAUUUUCAAAGAAGGGUGCUAGGGACAACCAGGUACAGGCCAAAGAGGAUAAAAUUGCUGAACAAUGGCAACAGGUUGUUUCCAAAAAGGGUAAGGACAAAUUGCCAGUUAAUGGGGCAGGGAAGUUAGAGUGGCGGGCCAAACAUGCACCAAUUAUUCCUGCUUGGAACGAAGGGCCAGACCCAGAUAAAACUGACAAUAGCAUGGCCAUAGUCCCCUUUGAAGGAUUUUCUCUCCCAGAGGAUGAUGUACCAGACGUUAGUUUUUUCAAGGAGCCAGAAGAUAUUGACGAUCAACUAAAACAACUGGAUGCCCUCCUCUCCAGGGAGGACUUCCCUCAUUUAAAGGAUUCUAUCUCCCAGAGCCCCAAGGAUUUCAGCUCUCGAACUAAGGAUGUUAAAGAUGCAGAAAUCAGGGCAGAACAAGCAGAAGAAAAACUUGAACAAGAGGACUCACAAAUAAACCUACUGGAAUUCAAACUUGCCACAACCCUUCUCCAACAAGCCCUUAAAAAGGAGGAGAGUUUUUGGGCUCAAAAGGCAAAUAUAAGCCCACCUGUUGGUCAUCUUUUAAUGGGUAACCUUAGGGCAACUCACUUCUCUGUAUUGGUAAAUGGCCAGCCACAGAGUUUUUUCCCCAUGAAAUGUGGAGUUAAGCAGGGAGACCCCCUCUCCCAUCUUCUCUUCAUCAUUGCCUUGGAAGGUCUAUCCAGGUUCUUAAAUCAUCAAUUCUCCCGUGGAUAUAUUUUACCAUUCUCAGCGGGAAGGAACCCCACACCAUGUCAUCUUCUUUAUGCUGAUGACAUCAUCCUUUUCACCAAAGCAGAUAGCACGAAUCUAUUGAGACUUAGGGAACUUCUCUCCCUUUUCAUGAAGGCAUCAGGAAAGGAAAUAAAUUACUCCAAAAGCCAAGUUAUAGUCCAUGAAAGAAUGAAGGCUGAGCAGCAAAACCAGAUUAGAAAAAUCCUGUCCAUCAGGUGUCACACAAAGGAAUUUACCUACCUUGGUUCUAAUAUUGUCAAGGGUAAACUGAGGAAGGUUCACUGCAAGGUUGAAAAAUUUGAGAAAAAAAUAAAUGCUUGGUACAGCAAGAAACUCAAUAUGAUGGGGAGGCUCAUUCUCAUCAAACACGUGCUAUCCUCAAUUCCUUUACAUCUUAUGGCUGCACAAAGAAUUCCUAAAUCAAUUCUCAAAAGUUUGAAUAGACUUAUGGCGAACUACUUCUGGGGAAUAAACGAAGAAGGUCCAAAAUAUCACUGGAGAAAAUGGGAAAAACUCUCUUUUCCAUUCGAGGAAGGAGGCCUAGGACUUAGAAACAUCCUCAAUAGCCAGAAUGCAGCUUACAUAGAUCUGUGGUGGAAGGUAAUUACUGGAAAUUCCAUCUGGGGCAAAUUUAUGAAGUCUAAAUAUUUCAGAGAUGGAAUCUUCUCCCCUAAGAUCUAUGACUCAUACACGUGGAAGGCUAUUUGCAAGAUCUCCCCUUUGGUCCUUCCACACUGCAGUUAUCAUGGUGAAGAUGUGGCAUGGCUAUCAGGGACAUACAGCUUCAAAAUUGCCUACUCUCUCACGUUUGAACACAAGCCAAGAAUGUUCACUUCUGUUUAUUACAAUGAUGACAAAGUCACUAAUUCGAUUGAGAUGAUAUUCAUGGACGAACAUGUUAUCAUAUAUCUUAUCAAGCUGUCUGUUAAAGAUGAUUCUAGAACAACCACAUUUGUUUUAUUUGACUGUGAGGCGUCCAAUAUUUUGAAUAUAUCCUGUGCAGAAUUGAUGGAAAAAAGUGAUUUGGCUGGAAGUUUUGAAAAUCCAAAAGAGUUUGAUGACCUCUUGCUUGGGAAGACGUAUAUUUUCAAAGUUGAGACGGAUAAGACUAUCGGGUAUUCAACUGAUGGGAAGACAAACACAGAAGUCUUUUUAGUUGGCAAGCCUUGCGUAAAGAAUUUAAUUGUGGACUUUGUGGAAUCUCAAGAUAGUCAUCUGACACAACCUAGAGAUGAUGUGAUCAAUCUUACACCCAUGAAAAGAAUGCAAGAGGAAUUGAAUAACGUUAGAGAUGGAGAUGACUCCGUCAACAAGACGAGGAGUGUUAAGAUUGAAAAAAAUUAAUCAUUAUUGUUGUUUCUUCAUUCGAGUGUUCUGAGUUAAUUGUUGAAUUUCAUUACUAUAUACUUUAAGUUUUAUUUUAAUAUUUGCAUGAAUAAUGUUGUUGGUUUUGAAUAAUGAAUUUUAUUACACCUA